AUGGGUACCACGCAGGUGCGCAACCAGAGCCCGGCGACGAUGAUGAAGGCAUGGGGUCGAGCCGCCACCCUGGCGGAGAAGGGCGGCGCGCGACCGUCGGGCGCCCCCGAUCUUGCGGCGGCGGCGCUGGCGACGAAUCCUGGCGGCGAGCUCAGAUCUGGCGCCGACCCGUCCUCUGUUCCGGCCGGCGCCUGGACCACCUUUCCCGCCGGCGCCUGGGCCGCUCGGCCGCCCUACGCCGCCGUCGCGGGGGCUGCAGGGGACCCGUCCUCUGCCAGUUUCCUCCCCAACCUCUCUGCUCCGGCCGUCGGGGUUUGGGGCUGCUCGCCCAUAUCCCCUGCCGCUGCGGGGGCUGCAGCCGCCGCUGCCGCGAGAUCCGCCGCCCUGGGGGCCGUGGCCAUUGCCCAGUUGCCGGGUGGGGCUGCCGGUGCCGCGGCGGGUGGCGCAAAGCACGCGCCACCACCGCCAGGGCCGCCUCCCCAGGGGCCUCCGCCCCCUGGACCGCCGCCCAGUGGGCCGCCUCCUCCACCGCCGCCGCCCACCGCGCCGCCGUCGCUACCGGCAAGCAACCUGCCGCCGUCGACGAGCCCGAUCCUGCGUGGUUUGGGCUAG